AUGCUUUCCCAAAAGUUGUUUUCCUCCAAUCAGGAGUGGACUGCAGUUUUGACCUCGCAUUGGUCUUAUCAACACCCCGGGCGGGAGUCGAACCGUGACAGACCUGGGUUCGAGACCCUCGGAUGGAGCUUUUGCUCGUCUCUGAUCAGCUCAAAUAGAGAAGCUCGGUCCCUUUGGUUGGAAACCCGUCGCUUGGGCCCAUCGUCUCUUCAAGUCGCCUCGAUUGAAGUCCACUUUGAGAAGAACCGAUUGGGCUCGAGAUCCUCGGCUCCGGCGCCGUCCCUAAUCGAGUGUUCUCUCGACUGUAACUGCAGCGAGAGAGCAUCUUUAGAAGAGUCGCUUGAACGAUUCGUCAAUCCACGACAAGACGAGGUUCAAACAAAGCAAUACUCUCUCUCUCUCUCUCUCUCUCUCUCUCUCUCUCUCUCUCUCUUUCUCACGUCAAGCGACGGAGGAGAGCUCGACUUGAGCAUUGCUGCGGAAAGCGGACGUCUUCCAGCAGAUCUUGGCCGGUCGAGCUUGCAUCAAAAUGAAAUGACGAAACCGUCGCCACGACCCGAGCUCGAGUCCCCGCCACGACGCGCUCGAGCCAAUGGGAACUCAAGCAGACGCGAGUGCACUCAAACGUGUCACCAGAAGCGGUGCAAGUGGAUGGAGACAGUUGAGAUGUGCGAAGAAAAGUGGGAUUUUGAUGCAUUUCCGUGGACUACAUUUGUUGAGUUCAGGUUCGUUUGGGAGAAAGUUGAUGCGAUUUCCCGACUUGUCUGUCAAGAAGGCUGCUCUGUUCUGAGAAUGUCUCUCAUAAAAUGGGAAAAUGCUUGGCAACCUUCGACUGAAAGUAAAAAAGACGGCCUCGGAUGGAGUUGCAAAUGA